AUGGAUGCUCUCCGAUUCCAGCUAAGCUCGGCUUCCCUCACUUCCGCCGUCGCCGCCUCUUCUUUACCAAAAAGUCACUCUCGGCAUUUCUUCCCCUCGGUGAAACUCGGCCGAGCCAACUCAUCUCCGCCGAUCGGAGCUGUCUCGAAGACGGCGGCGAAUGAAAUCUGCACGGCGGACGAACUCCACUACGUUCCUGUUCCCAACUCCGAUUGGCGCGCCGCCCUCUGGCGAUAUCUUCCUUCCCCAAAAGCACCUAAGAGGAAACAUCCUCUGCUCCUAUUGUCUGGGAUUGCCACCAAUGCUUUUGCAUACGAUCUUUCCCCUGAGUCUUCCUUUGCAAGAUUCAUGGCUGGUUCAGGAUUUGAUACAUGGAUUCUUGAGCUCCGUGGAGCCGGAUUGAGUUCUCUAAGUAUUGAUACAGAUCUUGAGAAUCCGAGAAGAACAGAAUCUAGCAAUGACAAGCAGAGGAUAGUCUCACAUCUAUUGGAUAAUCUCAUAAACGUAUCUGAGAGUCUGGAAAAUGUUCUUGAUGGAGGUUUUAAGAUCCUUGGGGUGCAAGACCGUCUCUCAAAAAAAGUAGAAGAUUUCAAGCAACGGCUUGAACUUAUCCCUCGUUACAAUUGGGAUUUCGAUAACUAUCUGGAAGAAGAUAUUCCUUCUGCGAUGGAGUAUGUGAGGGCUCAAAGCAAGCCUAAAGAUGGGAAAUUACUAGCAAUCGGUCACUCAAUGGGUGGUAUCUUGUUAUAUGCCAUGCUCUCAACAUGUGGCUUUAAAGGAAUAGAUUCAGGAUUAGCUUCUGUCACCACAAUGGCAUCAACAUUGGACUAUUCAUCCUCAGGAACACUCCUCAAAUACAUAUUACCAGUGAAAGGGCCUGCACAAGCCCUUAACGUGCCUGUCAUACCGAUCGAUACAUUGCUAGCGAUGGCUCACCCUCUAAUGUGCCGUCCUCCAUAUCCACUGUCCUGGUUAACCACUAAUAUCUCUGCUCCUCAAAUGAUGGACCCUGAAGUGAUUGAGAAGCUUGUUCUCAACAGCUUAUGCACUGUACCGGUUAAGCUCCUCUUGCAGCUAACAACAUCCGUGGGACAAGGUGGUUUACGUGACAGAACCGGUACUUGCUGUUACAAAGACCAUAUCGGAAAAACCAAUGUCCCGGUCUUGGCUCUUGCAGGGGACUGGGACAUAAUCUGCCCUCCUGAUGCCGUAUACGAUACUGUAAAGCUGAUACCAGAACAUCUAGCCACUUUCAAGGUUUUAGGAUCACCCGGAGGUCCACAUUAUGGCCAUCAGGAUAUGAUUUCUGGUCGAACGGCCCGGAGAGAAAUAUAUCCAUUGAUUAUUCGUUUUCUUCAGCGCCAUGAUGAGUGUUAA